CUUUCCAGCAAGCAACACAGGCGACACCGUGUCGCUACAGUGUCGACACAGGUGCUUUCCAACUACGACACAAGUCGACACAAUCGUACACAGCAAAAAUGCUGUGUUCGCCUGUGUCGUCGUUUUGUAGCACCCCAGUGAGUGCCAACAUAACAUUUCAUAUUUGGUAUCAUUAAUUUUUUUAAGAAUGGUAUUGCGUGAUAUUGCGUCCAAAAGACAUCUAAAAGACGACUUAAAGACAUCUAGACGUCUUUAAGACGACAUAAUGUUGUGUGGGAACGUUCUGAAAAUUUAGACCUAGUGACAACUAUUAAAAGUGACUGCCCUGCACUCUAGUGGCAAAAUAAAAUAGCUAAAAAGCGUUCCAGCUACAAGUCGACACUGUGUAACACUGUGUCACACAGUGUAUCACUGUGUUACCAUAGCUGGAAAGCACCCAGAGAUACAGUGGAUGCACUAACUGCUGCAUAAACGAACGCACCUUAUGAUGUAACUUGUUAUAACCAGUUAUAACCUCAAGUUGGGAAAUAGAUCCGCACAGUAUUAUAUAGAUACAUGAAUAUUUGACUAACAAUAUCAUAAGUUACAGUGCGAUUGAUAUUUAUUUAUAUUGAUUUAUUCGUUUAUUCACAUUUUUGGUUUUCUAUUUCGCGUAACAAUGACAGUGAAGAAUGAAAAGUCAGAUGAUGGAAAGAGAAACGAAGGUGAUGCUAGCAAAGAAGCAGUCACCGCAGAUAAUGCAAGCAACAACGGUUUAUGGGGAUCUGAUAUGUAUCCCGAAAGGAAAGGAGCUAAACAAAAGCGUAGCUGGUUUAAUCUGUUAAUCGGAGCUGCGGGACGAGAGUCGAUAGAUAAAGUCAAAUGCGAAGAAAAUGUUUAUAGAUGCAUAAAAGAUAGUCCUAUAGUAAAACUAAUGGUGGGAGCACUGAAGAGUUCUGGAUGCGAAAUAGAUAUGCGUCGACAUAUUUCUUGCGAAGUAUGCAAUCCACUUGUAACUGGUGGAUAUGAUUCCGAAUUAAAUCAAGUAGUUAUUUGUCAGAACAUGGCACACAGUGAAAACAUAGUUCGCGGUGUUCUGUUACAUGAAAUGAUUCAUAUGUUUGACUAUUGUCGUAAUAAAUUAGAUAUGAAAAAUAUCGAUCAUCUAGCCUGUACCGAAAUCAGAGCAGCGAAUAUCGGUCAUUGUAGUUUUAUAAGUUCAAUGCUACAAGGCGAUUCGUCUUUUAUUAAUAUAAAAGCAACACAUCAGAAUUGUGUGAAACAUAAAGCUAAGAUGUCAGUAAUGGCAGUACACACAGUAUCAGAAGAAGUAGCAAAUGCAGCCAUAGAAAGAGUAUUCACAAAAUGUUACAAUGAUCUAGAACCAAUUGGUAGGAGGAUUCGUAGGAAUUCAGAUGAUAUGCCGAGAGCAUAUGCAGAAGCACAUUUAUACGGGUAUAAUUGUUAAAUUUUAUAAAAAUUGUGUGGAGAGACACAAAUUAGUCAAUUAGAUUGGAAAUAUAUUUACAUACACACACAGUCUAUUUGAU